UCUCUUCUGUGGCUGCUUGGUGCUGAUGGUGGUGGUGCUGAUGUGGAUGCGGGUCUAGUGUGUUGCGAGAUUGCUACUUGGUGUGUGUGUGUGUGAGUGAGUGUGUGUGUGAGUGAGUGUGUGUGUGUGUUAUUAGCCAGUUGCCUGGCACUUUGUGUGCUUUGAUUGUGAUUACAAGGGCGUGGGACGACGACACUAAGUGAAGUGACGGGUGGGUGGCUCUGUCUGUCUGUCUCACUGUCUGUUGGUGUUUGCCCUUCCCAUUCUAUGCUCCCAUGGCCAUCACCAAGCAGGCCUUGCUGCAAACUUUCGCUGUGGGCGUCGGCUGCUUGGCCUUGGGUUAUUUCCUCGCCAAACGCCAGUCGUUCCGCGCCCUCCACCCUCCUUCAAACUCUCUACCCUUCCAAGACACCGACACGCAUGAAGUGGAAGAGCUCGCUGACAAAUUCGAAGAUUUCAAGAUGGUUCUAGUGGUUAGAAAUGAUUUAAAGAUGGGCAAGGGUAAAGUGGCUGCUCAGUGCAGCCAUGCCGCACUUGGAUUAUAUAAGAAGGUGUUUUACCGGGCUCCAAAGGCUCUUCAACGAUGGGAGAUGUGUUCACAAGUGAAGGUGGUGACUAGAGUUGAAAAUGAAGAAGAGAUGCUUUAUUUGCAGACCAGAGCGAAGGCGAUGAAGUUACCUUGCCAUAUUACUGUCGAUGCCGGACGUACACAAAUACCUCGAAAUUCAAAAACAGUUUUGGCAGUUUUAGGGCCAACACACUUAGUAGAUGAAAUAACCGGUUAUUUGAAGCUGUUGUGACACCUGUGGUUGUGGUUGCUGUGAAAUUUUUAAUGGUAAUCUUCUUACUGUCGGGAUACACGCCAGUGAAAAUAUCCUUGUCCAAACUGGAGUCGUGACAUCUUCGUCACUCGAUGCUUUCAGGCUCUGGUCAGGCUGCAAUGGGUCUCAGCUGGAUGUAUUCAAUUUUGAUUUUCUUUCAAGAAUAAGAGCAGCUCUGGAUCUACAAAAAGUAUCCUUGUACCAUAGUUUGUUAGUUUAUAAAUGCUUGCUCUAUCAACAAGUAUCAACCAUUGAGUUCAACGCAGAAGGUAUACUACUUCUGUCGCUCUAAGCAUUGUGACUUAGAGUACGUUCCAUCCCUCUAGGUGCUGUAACGAGGAUGUGAAAUAAAGAUUCCUGGUGGCAGUA